AAAAUAAAUUAAACUUGACCGCAACUCACAAGAGACUUGAGGGGCAUAAUAGUCAGCUUAUGAAACUUUCUUGAUUUAGGCGAACCUGGCUAAUCAGCCUACGCCACCGCGGCGUAUAGUAGCAUCGUGUGCCACUCCAUGGUGCACACUACAUAUAUAUUAUCAAUCAAAAAUUUCAUGAAAAGGAAACAAAAUUGAAAAAGAUUUGCGCACUGCGCUUCGAGCCUUACUUGAAUUGCUUCCAUUUUUGUGCUCUCUGCAAUUCACCGCUCUCCUCGCUCGAAAUAGUAUUUUCCGCUGUUUUCUCUUUCAAUUUUUGAGAUUCCGAAGAAUGAGGGCAUCAAACGAAGCGUCCACCAGCACUGAGCUGGCCAACAGUUUAUUUCGAAGCCGACCUGAGGUGGCCCUUGAUUUAAUUGCUGCGGUCAAGGGACUGCACGAGCUUAGCCCUCAACAGCUUGGAAAACUAAUCAGAGAUUCUGGGAACAAUGUGGUUAGGCACAUUGCUGAAGAUGGAUCAUGCAUACAGGUUGACUUGGAAAAAUUUGCUAGGUAUCUUCCUCUUCACCUUAUUGCAGUGAUUAUGGCUUGGGAAAGGGACAAAUCCACAUUCAAGUACUUGUUAUGUGGAAUUCUUCUCUUGCAUUCCAUGUGCGAUCUUGCUUCUCGGGUGCCCAAAAUUGAGCAGAUAUUGCUUGAUGAUGUGAAGAUAUCAGAACAGCUAAUUGACCUGGUCUUUUAUCUGCUAGUUCUCCUUGGUGCAUACAGACAGGAAACUCACACCAUUCCCAAUGACAUGGUUCUUCUUCAUUCAGCUCUGGUUGCUUGCAGUCUAAAAUUGUUGACAGUUAUUGUUUCUCCACAGUACCAAGAGGUUGCUCGUUUGACUGCAUAUUACAAGGUGGACAUAUUCAUGGAGGCAGCAUUUGCUGCUGUUUGUGUUGAUGUCAAGUUUCUGCAUACCAAACUGUCUGCUCAACAGGAUGAUUCAUCUGGAAGUGCUUCCCCUACUGCUGAAGAGACCUUGAAUCACCUCUGCCAGCAGUGUGAUUCUUCUCUUCAAUUUCUACAGUCUCUGUGUCAGCAAAAGUUGUUUCGGGAAUGCGUUGUUAAGAACAAGGAGUUGUGUGGCAAUGGAGGUGUUCUUAUUCUGGUUCAGGCCGUCAUGAACUUAAAGUUAUCAGGCUCAGACAAUACUUCCUCGUACAUGGCUGCUAUCUCUCGUCUGAAAUCUAAAGCUUUAUCUAUUCUUUUGCACCUUUGUGACGCAGAAAGUGUAUCCUACCUGGAUGAGGUGGCCAGCAAUGCUGCAAGUCAGGAUAUGGCAAAGUCCGUUGGACUCGAGGUUCUUGACUUGCUGAAGAAAAUGUUUGGUAUAGAUUCCAGACAGUAAUGCUCCUCUGAGGUAAGCUACCCAAAGGGGCAACUGGAACUUAAUGCAAUGCGCCUGGCAGAUGUCUUCUCUGAUGAUUCAAAUUUUCGAUCAUUCAUCAUGAUAAACUUCAGGGAAGCUUUGGCGGCAAUCUUUCUACUCCCUCAUGGAGAGUUUUUAUCUGGCUGGUGCUCAUCUGAUCUUCUAGUUUCUGAAGAGGAUGCACCAUUGGAUGUACCUCGGUCAUCUUAUGCCCAUCAGAGAACAUCUUUAUUGAUUAAAGUGAUUGCAAACCUUCAUUGUUUUGUUCCUGAUGUAUGCCAGGAUGAGAAGGAUCUGUUUCUCAACAAGUUCAUUCGGUUCAUACAGAAGGAGUAUCAGAAACUGUCAGAUGGAUUCUUCUCUACUUCAGAAGCUGACAGAGUUUCCACAGUUAGCAAGAACUUGUGUUCACUGUUAAGUCAUGCAGAGUCUUUAGUUCCAGGAUUUUUGAAUGAAGAUGAUGUACAACUGCUGAGGUAAUUUAAAUAUAUGCCUU